AUGGACCUCCCCGCGUCGCUUAAAAGCCACAAACAUCUGGCCGUCAAAGUCAUCCGCCUCCCACGACAAGACGAGGGCGUGGCACCAAGAUUCAAGGGCCUGGACAAGGAGUUGAAGCUGUGGAAGGGAGCAUGCGGAAAUGCCAACGUCGUGAGCCUCUACGACGUCUUCUUGUCGCCGCUGGGCGAACGACACGAGGGCGUCUGGAUCGUGCAAGAACUCAUGUCGAUGGCCUUGGCCGACGUCAUUGCGCUUCACGCCAGCGGCUUGACUCUCUCCGAGGCCCAGAUGGGCCGCGUCAUGGCCGACGCCGCUGCUGGGCUCGAGCACCUUCACGCCCAGGGCAUCGUCCAUCGCGACUGUCGGAGUGACAACAUUCUCCUGUCGGCCGAAGGAAUAAGCAAGCUGGCUGAUUUCACCCACGCGGCCGAGCUGACAAGUGACACUGCCAAGAGGUCCAGCGUCGUGGGGACGGCCUAUUGGAUGGCACCGGAAGUGGUCAAGGCCGAGCCCUACGAUGCCAAGGCUGACGUUUGGUCUUUGGGCGUCGUUCUCUAUGAGAUGGUCGAGGGCGAUCCGCCCCGUGUCGACUUUCCAGCCCUGAGGGCAAUCACCUUGACAGCAAAGCAUGGCCUUCCUCCCUUGAGCACGCCGGAGCGAUGGUCGAUGGCUCUCAAGCAGUGCUUGGCCUGGUGCACAGAGAUGGAAGCUGAGAAACGGCCCUCAGCUGACAUGCUCGCAUCCGUGAGUCGGAAAAUGAAUAAUCCUCUCUACUCCCGCUCGCUGCUGACGAGAUAUGCGACAGAGCGAGCUGGUAGCGUCGGCAUGCAGCCAUUCGGACAUGUCCAUCCUAUUGCAGCUGGCUAG